AUGCAAAAGAUUGAUAAUAGUAUGACAGAUAAAAUGCAAAAGAUUAAUAGUAGUAUUGCAGCAAACUUUUUAGUCAAAUACUUUACUUCUUUAGUUAAAUCACCACAAGAAUUAAUUUUAUUUUACCAAAACACCUCAAAAGUAACCAGAAGAUACGAUGGUGCAACAUCAGUUUCAAAUGAAGGCGAGCACGAUCUUGGUGAAUUUUUAAUUAAAAAUUCAAACAAAAUUGGUGGACACACUAAAAUUAAAUAUAUCGAUUGUCAAUCUUCUUUUUCAGAAGAAAAAGAAGAAUCUCUUUUUAUCUCUUGUUUAGGUCAACUUGAAUACAAUGGUCAUACUAGAACUUUUUCACAAUAUUUCGUUUUAAAGAAAAUUGACAAUUCAUUCUUUAUUACCAACGAUACUUUUUAUAUUGUUCCAUUUGAAGAGCCACAACAACCAAAAGAAACUAUUGAUCAACCAGAUGAAGCUUCAAUUGUUGAAGAACAACAAAAUCAACAAAACCAACAACAACAACAACAACAAACUACUGAAGCUGUUGUUGAAAAUCAAACUACUGAAACUGUUGUUGAAAAACAAGAAGAAAAAACCUCAGAGAUCCAACCACAACCAGAUACCAAACCAAUUGAACCAGUUGUUGUUGUUGAGGAAAAAAAAGUUACUCCAGUUGUUGAAGAAAAAAAAGUUACUCCAGUUGUCGAAGAAAAAAAAGCUACUCCAGUUGUUGAGGUUUCUACCCCUGCUCCAGUCGUAGAAAAGAAAGAAACAUGGGCUCAAUUGGUUUCACAAAAAGCUUCAACUACUCAAAAUGAAUCAAACUCAACUGCUAGUGUUACCACAUCACCACCACCAGCAACUUCAUCCUCAUCACCAUCUCCAUCAACUACCACAACAAAGGAUGAGCCACAACAAACAGCUUCAAGCCCAAAUCAAUCAACACAAAACCAUCACCAUAAUCGUGAACAAUGCACUGUUUUUAUUAGCUUCAAACAUUCCAACAACAAAAUCGAUCAAAAUUUAAUUAAAGAGGCUCUCAAAGAAUACGGUAAUGUUCAAAGUGUAAAACUUUUACAAGGUUACGGCUUUGUAGAGUUUGAUAAACCUGAAUCAGUACAAAAGGUUUUAGCAAUCCAAAAUAAUAAAAUAAAUGUUGGUGGUAACUCUAUUAAGAUCGAGGAAAAAAAAGGCGACCGUCAACAAAAAUUAAAUAAUAGUGGAAACUCUAUCAACAACAACAAUAACAAUAAUAACAAUAGUCAACAAAAUAAACCAUUUAAAAGACCAAAUAAUUUAAAUAACUCAAAUAAUAAAAUAACUCUUAAUUUUAACAAUCAACAACCACAACCACAACCAUCUCAACCAUCACAACCACAACAAAAUACCAAUAUAAAACAAAAUAAUUUAAAUAGAAAUAAUAAACCACAAAAAGUUCAAGAUAAAAAAGAAUCAAAAUAA